GGUUGCACCUUUGGUUCUCAGGUCAGGCACUGCUACAGGUGCCAUGGAGCGAGACCUACACGCGAGGGACAAGGUCGGAGUGCAAGAUUUCGUCCUGCUAGAAAAUUUCCAGAGUGAAGAAGCCUUCGUGGGCAACCUCAGGAAACGAUUCAAGGAAAACCUCAUAUACACGUACAUCGGACAAGUGCUGGUCUCUAUUAACCCUUACAAGAACCUCAAUAUCUACACACAGGAUGAAGUACAACAGUACCGGAACACGCACUUUUUCGAGGCUCCACCACACAUGUAAGUCGAUC